CGUCAGCGCGCGUCGCGUGCCACCGGUGUCUCUUUGGCUCGGGCGCACACAGCGCUGUUCUGCCAGGGGUCACAGGGAGGAGGAAUCACGACACAUUUCAGCAUCGGUGGGGAGCGCGGGUAUUGUUCUAUACAUUUAAACGAACUUUUUUCUUGGUGCGCUUUUCCAGCUCGCGCGUCACCAUUUCCUCCAAACCCCAUCCGGACUCUCCAGCGCGAGCUUCACAGGCGCUCCUCAGCAGGCGCUCGGUCUGCGCGCUCACGGGCGUCAUCAUGAUCGCGGCGCUGGUGAUCGCGCUCCCGCUGCUGCUGCGCACCCCCGCGGCCGCACACUACGAGAUGAUGGGCACCUGCCGGAUGAUCUGCGACCCCUACAACCCCAAACCGAGCGCCACGGCUCUGGAGGUGAUGCAGGACCUCAGCGCCAUCCCGCCGGCUUUCGCUCAGGGCACCAGAGGAGAACCGGGCCGUCCGGGCAAACCCGGACCCAGGGGUCCUCCUGGAGAGCCCGGUCCUCCCGGUCCAAGGGGUCCGCCUGGAGACUCCGGCAGACCGGGAUUUACCGGCGUCGCUUCAGGAACGGCGCGGACUGAGACCGGAGACGUCGGUCCUGCUUUGGGAAACGCGAAGAUCGCCUUUUACGUGGGUCUGAAAAACCCUCAUGAAGGCUACGAGGUGCUCCGCUUUGAUGAUGUUGUGACAAAUGUUGGAAAUCACUAUGAUCCCACUACCGGCAAGUUUACCUGUCAGGUGUCCGGGAUUUACUACUUCACGUACCAUGUGCUGAUGCGCGGAGGGGACGGAACCAGCAUGUGGGCAGACCUCUGCAAAAACGGACAGGUUCGUGCGAGCGCCAUCGCGCAGGACGCCGAUCAGAACUACGAUUACGCCAGCAACAGUGUGGUUCUGCAUCUGGACUCUGGAGACGAGAUUUAUGUCAAACUGGACGGCGGAAAAGCACACGGCGGAAACAACAACAAAUACAGUACAUUUUCUGGCUUCAUCCUGUAUCCAGACUGAGCUGACACACACACGCACACACACACACACACACACACACACACACACACACACACACACUUUCUGCACAUAAAACGGACUGCUGCUUGACAACCUGCUCACUGUGCGCAGGACAGACACACACACACACACACACUCUCAGUUCAAUUCACUUUAUUAGCACGAUUACCAGUUGAAGUCAGAAUUAUUUAAACUCCUGUGAAUUUUCUUUAUCCAUUAU